AUGCCGUCGUAUUCGCAAGCAGCAUCUGAAAACAGUUGGAGGAAGCCUGAGAUCAGGCAUGGAGUUAAACAGCCAAGAAAUCCUUGGUCAGAUGGUCCGGCAUACAUCACCCAGUGCCCAAUUCAGCCAGGCAAAAUGUUCAAGUACACCAUCUUGCUGUCAAGCGAGGAAGGGACCGUUUGGUGGCAUGCACACGACGAUUGGAAUCGAGCCACAGUUCAUGGAGCCAUUGUUGUCUAUCCCAAACCUCCCAAUUGUUACCCGUUCAAGUACCAUCAGGAAUUCCUCCUCAUACUUGGAGAGUGGUGGAAGAGAGAUAUGAAGGAGAUACUUGAAGAAGCCAUUCAAGCACAAAAUGACCCAGUUUCAGACGCCUUCACAAUCAACGGUCAGCCUGGAGACCUGUAUCCGUGCUCAAAGUCAGGAACCUUCAGAAUGGUGGUGGAGCAAGGGAAGAGGUAUCUCCUUCGUGUUAUCAACGCAGCAAUGAGCAACAGUCUCUUCUUCUCCAUUUCCAAACAUCAGUUGAUGGUCGUUGGCUCUGAUGGCAGCUACGUGAAGCCCAUAACCACAGAUUAUAUCCUGAUAGCCCCUGGGGAAACCAUGGACCUACUCCUAGAAGCCAACCAGAACCCAACCAAUCUCUACUACAUGGCAGCCCGAGCCUUGGUCUAUCAGAACAUCGCCAACUUCGACAUCAACGCCACCACUGCCAUCUUAACAUACACCAGUAAUUGCCAUAAGAAACCUCCCUCCUUCCCCUCCCUUCCCUUCUAUAAUGACACCGCGGCGGCAACCAACUUCACUUCGAAGCUCCGAAGCCUAGCUGAUGGACACCACCCUAUCAAUGUCCCCACUACUGUUAGCCAUCGUUUGUUCAUUACUGUCUCGUUGAACAGCAUACGCAAUGAAACAAAAACAACCUUGUCCGCAAGCCUAAACAAUAUAAGCUUCGAGAUCCCCUCGAUCGAUAUACUCCAAGCUUAUUAUAAGAGAAUUAAUGGGGUUUUCGGCAAUAAAUUCCCUUGCAAGCCACCGUUGUACUUCAAUUUCACGGCGGAUGACCCGCCAACGAGCUUGUUGGCGCCGAGGAAGGGGACUGACGUGAAGGUGUUCGAGUAUGGCGCUUGUGUGGAGGUUGUGUUCCAGGGCACAUCGCUGGUGUUGGCGGAGGACCAUCCCAUGCACCUGCAUGGCUUUAGCUUCUACGUGGUAGGAUGGGGCAUUGGGAACUUUGAUGCGAGGAAGGAUCCUUUGACGUAUAACUUGGUGGAUCCUCCUCUAAAGAACACCAUUGAUGUUCCAAGGGAUGGCUGGGCGGCUAUCAGAUUCAAGGCCAAUAAUCCUGACGUAUGGUACCUGCAUUGCCACUUGGAGCGCCACCUUACUUGGGGCAUGACUACUGUGUUCAUUGUGAAGGAUGGUGCUCAUCCACAAGCCAAGAUGCUGCCCCCACCUCGUUAUAUGCCUCCAUGCUAG